AUGAAACGCUUUGCGACAGGCGGGUGUACCUUCACAAGGGCUGUGGCCUUGGAUAGCAAUCUUGAAUAUAUCUGGAGUCUUCGUGUUGCUGUUCGUCGUCACCAUGCCUUCACUGCUACUUCCCGGCGCAUGCGCACACACGAUCAAUCUGAGAUACAAGGCAGCAUCGAGUCUCCGACAAACGCCUCUUCAACGUCACAGGCACAUUCAUUGGGCGGCUACUACUCUCUCCUUCUGAAAUCGCCUCUGCCGGUCGAUCGCACAGCACCGCAGCUAUCGCAAUCAAGUACAAACACCGUCCCGGCAUCCGCUUCCACAGCCGAGGCUCCUAAGGCCCAGACUCCGCAGGAGAAGAUGGCUAUUGUCUUCGGCACACGCCUUGCAGGACCCGGUCGUCAGUCUCGAUACAAUCCGGGCGAAGCACCACCACAGUCUAUGUGGAAAACUAUCAACGGGGUGCCAAUUCCUCCUCAGCCCGAAGAACCUGAGAAUUGUUGCAUGAGUGGCUGUGUUCACUGUGUCUGGGAUGAUUUCCGCGAUGAAAUGGAGGAGUGGGCUGCCAGAAUUGCAAAAGCCAAAGCCAAAGCUAGUCCAGAGGCAGAUACUGAAGAUGCUCGAACGGCGCCCCGAGCUGAAGUCAAUUCAGCCAGUCUUAGUAUGGAUGAUGACGGUGGUGGGAGUGAGACCAAUUGGACUGUGCCGAACCCGGAGGAUGACCUCUUUGCGAAUAUUCCAGUCGGCAUUCGAGAAUUCAUGAAAACCGAGAAGAAACUACGAGUGAAACACCAGAAAGAAGCCUCAACAUGA